UUGAAGCUAAAGAUUGGACGUAACCUCCACACUUCAAGACUGAAAGUGAGAGAGAGAGAGACUGAGAAUAACCCCUAUUACAGACUGCAGUGAACCCAGUGGCUACUCUGUGUAAGUUUGGUGUGUGUGUUCUGUGAAGAAGUCAUGAAGACCCCAUUUUGGACCCUGUUACUCUUAAGCUUGAGCGUCACAGGUCAUAGUGACUGCCAAGGGGACUGUUUAACCUGUGGACUCCUCCUACCUGAAUAUCAAGCUUUUAAUACAUUGGUAUGCAUUUUGGAAUGUGAGGCACAAGCAUCCCCAGCCUUGACUUGGGAUUUGUGUUACCAAGCAGUGGGUCUGAACCAGCUUCCCCUACCAUUACAGCAGGAGGAAACUUCAAAGCGCUCUGAGGAUGAAGUGGAGCCUCUGGCCACAGUGAGCAUAGAGAAUGAUAAUGGUGUGGAGUAUACUGAUGCUUUGGAACGGUUUCGACAUGCAGCGCAAGCUCUCCGCAGCCAGCAUCCAUCAGAGGAGGAGACCUCACAGAAAUUCGGAAUUUCAUAUGACCCAGAUCUAGACCAGGAGGAACAGGAUGGCGUUGAUGUGGUAGAGGAGAAGAGCGGCGAGGCAGCCGUCAGUUUAUCCAAACGAUUCGGUGGGUUUAUGAAAGGCCGCCACGGGUUCCGGAAGUUGGUGAGCUCCGGAAGGCCUUUGCAAAAACGCUAUGGUGGUUUCAUAGGGAUCCGGAAGUCUGCCCGCAAGUGGAACAACCAGAAGCGUGUGAGUCAGUUACUGAGGCAGUACCUGAGCUUGACGGGCCGCUCGGGUCGUUCAGGUCGAUCGGGUCACAUCAGCAACCUCUCCACCAGAAUCCAAAGACAGAAUGAAGUGUAGUACAGCCUCUCUGGUCUUUUCACUUACCUCAACUCAACUGCUCAUCAGCCAUCAGUAACUGUGAUCAUCUAUCAUGUACCACAGCCAAGAGCGAGAUAAAUCUUUGUUUAAAUGAUCAAACAAGAUAAAUAUUUUGAAGCUUCGGUUUUUAUCAUUGACAUUUCCAUGGUGCCGUUCCAGACAUAAAUCAUUAUUAGGCUAAAUAUUGCUGAUGAGAACAACUGAUUGUGAAUUUGAGAAACAAUACUUUUAGAAUUAACUUGCAACAUUGUGGAAAAAAUAAAUGGCAAAGCAGUGAAACUUGAAUUGAGUGCAUGAAUCAGUUACAGAUGAGAGCAGUACGGUUUAGUGGAGUAUCAGGUUUUCUUGUUUUGUUUUGGGGAUUGACCUUACUGAGAGAAAAGCACUUUAUAUUUUUACUUUGCACAUUAUUGUGCUAAAAUUGGUUGUUUUGCACAGAUGGAUUAAAGGCUUAGAGCAAUCAGACAGCUGGAUGUUUUCUUAAAUUCUGUAUUUGCUUCUAAAUUAAUAGCUGAUUGUAUUGUCCAAAAUUAAUAUAUAAAAAGGAAUACUUGCAAGUUGGAGAACGGUGUGAUGUUCUUCAAGACCUGUUUGGGUGUUUGAGUGCUGCCCCCUAGAGCUCAUGUUAGAAAUAUUUGCUGCUGUAAUUUAUUUAUUUAUUUUGAGGCAACAUCACGCAGAAAAUGACUUCAUUUCUUGACAGAUAUGAGUGAAAUAAGUGUAUUGAGAAAUAACAGUUGUCUCUGUGACAGUCCUAGGCUACAAAAACAUGAAUAAAAAAAUAAAAACCUAGAAAAG